ACCCCGAACACACUGUACACAAAAAUUUUAUCAAAACGUCAUCGCCGCUGCACAACGUUCAAAUCCAUCUGAGCACAUCCCCUGUCAAAUUUUCUUUCUCUCCGGCAAACGGCAACGAUGGCGACAGGAACACUUUAUACUUAUCCAGAUAACUUCCGUGCUUACAAAGCACUCAUAGCCGCUCAGUAUUCUGGGGCUAAAGUGAAAGUGGCCGAAGGAUUUGUUUUUGGCGAGACAAAUAAAUCUUCGGAAUUCCUUAAGAAAUUCCCAACUGGCAAGGUACCUGCCUUUGAAACAGCUGACGGCAAAGUCUUGAGCGAAAGCAAUGCCAUUGCCUACUUCCUGGCCAAUCAACAACUACGCGGCUCCAACGAAUACCUCCAGGCCCUAGUACAGCAAUGGAUUAACUUUGCUGACAAUGAAAUCGUUCCAGCCUCUUGCGCAUGGGUAUUCCCACUUUUGGGCAUCAUGCCAUUGGCCAAGAACAGCACUGCCAAGGAUGACGUCGCCGCUGCCUUGACUGUCCUCAAUAACAAAUUGCUCGAGUCCACUUACUUGGUGGGUGAGCGCAUUACCUUGGCGGACAUCGUUGUGUUCACCAGUUUGCUCCAUUUGUACCAAUACGUGUUGGAGCCAUCCCUACGUGCUCCCUAUGCCAGUCUGAACAGAUGGUUCAAUACCAUUCUCAAUCAGCCACAGGUCCAGGCCGUCCUUAAGGGAUACGUCUUGUGCGAGAAGACACUCGCUUAUGACCCUAAAAAAUACGCCGAAUUCUUGGGCAAAUCUGGUGCUGGCGCAGCAGCCGGCGCUAAGGCCGAAAAGAAGAAGGAAGAAAAGAAACCCCAGGAGAAGAAGGCCCCUGCCAAGAAGGAGGAAGAAGCCCCACAAGAGUUGGAUCUUGCUGAUGAGGCUUUGGCUCUGGAACCCAAGUCGAAGGAUCCCUUUGAUGCCAUGCCAAAGGGUACCUUUAACUUUGAUGACUUCAAACGUUGUUAUUCCAACGAAGAUGAAGCCAAGUCCAUUCCAUACUUUUUCGAAAAGUUCGAUCCCGAACAUUAUUCGAUUUGGUUCGGUGAAUACAAAUACAAUGAUGAGCUUGCUAAGGUCUUUAUGAGCUGCAAUCUUAUCACUGGAAUGUUCCAGCGUUUAGAUAAGAUGCGUAAGCAAGCUUUUGCUUCGGUCUGUCUUUUCGGUGAGGAUAAUAACAGCACUAUCUCUGGAGUGUGGGUAUGGCGUGGUCAGGAACUGGCAUUCCCUCUUUCUCCCGAUUGGCAAAUCGAUUAUGAUUGCUAUGAAUGGAAGAAACUCGAUGCCAAAUCUGAGGAAACCAAGAAAUUGGUAACACAAUACUUCUCAUGGACUGGCACAGAUAAGGAUGGUCGCAAGUUCAAUCAAGGCAAGAUCUUCAAAUAAGCA